AUGCGGAAGUGGAAAGUUGUCGUUUUUACACUGGUGCCAGUUUGGCUUCUGACGCGUCUGCUCCUGGACAAGCACAUCCUUCGACUCUUUACUUCUGUUACAAAUAAACCUUGGACCAACACCUUCAAAUCGCAAGGUGUUGCAAUAGGUCAGACAGAUUCCGAGAACCGAAGGAUUAGCUUGGCUUGCCAUCACAACAGCAGUUCACCUCCACUUGAUGAUGAAACACAGAAGAGAUAUGAGAUCCACGAUUUAUUCCGAGUUAAGACACCUGCCUUCCUCUCUAACUAUAAGAAUCCUUGUUGGAAGCAGGGCAACCCCAGCAAGUUGGUAUGUCUUCCGUACUUUUAUCAAAUUGGGUUUCCCAAAUGUGGAACGACCUUAACCUUUAGUACCAUCGUUGGCCAUCCGGAGGCGGUAAUGGGUGAAGGGAAAGAACCUCACUGGAUUACAAGAACUAGAUUUGCAGAAAGCUCACAAUUCCAAAGUUACUUGAACUAUUUCACGCCGGCUGCGAGAGUGAUAGAGUCGAAGGCAUCCAUUGAUCCCGUUACAGGCCAAAUGUUCCACCCUAUCAUCACAGGUGAUGGUUCUGUAUCAACUGCUUGGCACAACCAACAUUGGCGUCACCUCCCCGGGAACUAUAACUGCACAGAGCCUCGUGUCCUCGCCCCUCACUAUAUCUACCAUCUCAACCCCUCCACUAAAAUCAUAAUCCUCGUCAGAAAUCCAACAGAAAGGACGAUUUCUCAGUACAACUACAUGUUGAGCAAUGACUUAACGGCAGAGAGCUUCCAUGCGACAGUGCUGCAGGUAGGCCUGUACCAUGUGUUCAUCAGAGAAUGGAUGAACGUGUUUCCCGCAGACCAGAUCUUAAUCGCCAGAGUGGAAGACAUACACGAAGAUCCUUACAUAGCUUUUACAAGAAUAUUUGACUUUCUGGGCCUAAGUCGUGUGUCUAGAUCAGAGCUCAAAGAAAUGCUCAACCAGAGCAGGAUGAACGACAGAUCAAAGAAGUUCCAGGCAACAAACGAGACACGUCGUCUCCUUGACGACUUUUAUAGACCCCACAACAUCCAGCUUGCACGAUUGUUACAACAGCAUGAUCCUAAUUCAUAUUCAAACAUACACGAUGCCAUGUACAAUCACUAGUUUGGGCCACCAAUCAUUAGAGCUACAAGUAUUGUGAGGAGGUAUGGAUU